GGGCGUCAGUGCCAGCCCGCCCAUGGACGAGCACGCCGGCGGUGGCGGCGACUCGCUGCCACCCGGCUGCGAGCCCGCCUUCGACGACGAUUCCGACUCGGACGACAGCGGCAAGCCCGUCUCCAGGACUUACUGCUUCGCCACGGGGGACGCCGGCCACGCGCCGCUCUCCGCCGAUGACGUCAGCGACUUCUCCAGCGCCGACGACGAGGAGGAGGAAGAAGAGGACGAGGAGGCGGUGAACGCGGGAGAGGGAAAGCGGAAGAAGGAGGCGGGGGUCGUCGAAGGCAGCGACCGGUCGGCGGGCAACUCGGCCGACAGCGACGAUUCGGGCGAUGACGCGCAUAUCGAGCAUUUCUCGCAGAUUUUUGUGGUGAACGACGGCGGCUCGUCGUGCGGCGAUUCCGACGUGUGUCGGUCGGAGUUGUGCGGCGCGCAGCGGUCCGACGUGGACUUCGGCCACGACUCGGACGAGCCGACGGGCGUGGUGCUGCUCAAGCACUCGCGGCGGCUGUCCGGCGAGUCGGACGACGAGCGCAGCAGCGACUCGUCGGCCACCACGGACGACGACGACGACCUCGAGGAGGAGGAGGGUGAAGAUACCCGCAGCGACGGGGACGGCGCCGUGCUGCUCAAGCACGUUCGUGCUUUAAACGAAGAGGAGUCCAGCGAGCCGUCACUAAUUGGAGCAAGUCAGCCGAAUGUGGAAGGAAACAGAGAGGAGGAGCGACCGCACUCGCCGGAGGAAGCAGAAGAAGAAGAGGAGGGCGCCGCGGAGGAGAAACACGCGGCGGCGGCCGGC